AAGAACGGCUCAGACUGAGCCGAUCAUCAGUUACUCUGUGAUGCUCAUUAUAUUUUUAUUCAUCAAUCUGGUAUCAAUCUUUUAAGUAAUCAGUUUUUUAUGUUAUUUGUGUAUAUUUUUUCAAUCAUCAGCACCAUCGGCUCUCAUGUUGAUUUAACAAAUGAGCAGCUUCAUUUAAUGCAUUGGUUUAGAUGAGACGAGAAACAGAAAAAGAAACAUCAAUUCAACGGUUUCUACCUUUUAUUUUGUCAUCUUGUGCUUUCAAUCUUUUUACUUUUACUGGAAUCAAUUAAUAAGUGAUUUGAUUGCUAAUUUAUAAUCGAUUGUGUAUUUAUUUUAAUCAACAUCCAUCAAUUCAAAUUCCAUUUGUGUCAUCACAACUUUACAUUUUACUGUCUCAAUGAAUAGUAAAAAAGGAGAAGCUAAAGGGAAAGCUUUUUGUGAAGCUUGCUCCAAAAAGUGUGUUGGAAAUGUACUGCGAGUACAAGAAAGGUAUUUCCAUAUUGACUGUUUCAAAUGUUCAGCUUGCUCAACGUCUUUAGCUCAGGGAGGAUUUUUUACCAAGGAUGGGAAAUAUUAUUGUACCAACGAUUACCAAAAAUUAUUUGGUAUCAAGUGUCAGGGAUGUGGUCAGUUUGUAGAAGGUGAAGUUGUUACAGCUUUAGGAAACACUUAUCACCAACAAUGCUUUGUUUGUGCUCGUUGCAGACAACCUUUUCCGCCUGGUGAGAAGGUUACUUAUACCGGCAAAGAAUGUGUAUGUUCACGAUGUCUAGAUAUACCUGUGGUCACCUCACAUAGUCCCGAUUUAUCUCCCGAAGAUUCUGGGCCUCGUUGCUCUGGAUGUUCACAAGAGAUUCAAGAAGGCCAAGCAUUAAUAGCACUAGACAAGCAAUGGCAUGUAUGGUGUUUCAAGUGUACUUGUUGUAAAAAUGUACUCCAUGGCGAGUACAUGGGCAAAGAUGGACAGCCUUACUGUGAAAAAGAUUACCAAAACAAAUUUGGGGUUCGAUGUGCCCAUUGUGAUCGAUACAUUACUGGCAAAGUGUUACAAGCUGGUGAUAAUCAUCAUUUCCAUCCGACCUGUGCUCGAUGCACCAAAUGUGGUGACCCUUUUGGUGAUGGGGAAGAAAUGUAUAUGCAAGGUGGUGCCAUUUGGCAUCCUCGAUGUGGACCAGGACCUGAUGCUAGAAUCGAAGAUGUUUACUUAGAUGGUUACGAUGGCCAGUACUACGGGAGUUACAUUCACUCCCCGAGUUUACCAAGAUCACGAUCAAUUAGUCCUUACGGUUCUUUGAGCCAACAGUAUGGAAGGCGAAGUCCUGGGAUUGUAAAUCGUGAGCCAAUCUUUAGCGAUCUAAGUCAUGUCUAUACCAAUAGCUAUCUUACAGCUGAACCCACUCAAGGUUAUUUGAGACGUCCUUUAGAGCCUCGACCACCAAAAUCUCCUCAAUUCCAUAGGCCUCCAGAGGGAUUCAUUGCUCGUCGUAAAAUGAAACCUUCACCUAAACAUGGAAUGCAAGCUUUGGUCGAUAAUCUUCAAUCAUCCAGUCAAAGCAGGCCUCGUUCACCUCAUAUGAAUAAUGAAGAGCCAAUUGAAUUGGCUCAUUAUCCAAGUGCUCGAAAACCCAAACCCAAUGAUAUACCACGAAUAGAACGAGACGAUUUUCCAGCUCCACCAUUUCCUUACACUGACCCAGAAAGACGUCGACGUUGGUCGGGUAGUUCAAGAGAUUUGGAUGAAGAUGAAGUUGAUGGAGGUACAGCUACAGAAGGAUUGAUUGAAGAUGAAAAGUUGAAAAGAGAAGAAGAAGAACUUUCCAAAAUUGCAACAGGCAUUGGUAAAGUAUUCCUGAAAACUCUAAAGGAAAGAGAAAAAAUAAUGGCCUGGAAAAAGGAGCAUCUUGAUCCUAGAAAUGCAUCUCGAACUCCUUCAGCUAAAGUCGAACCACCAACUAGAUUGAGAUAUGAUAAUCCGGUGAAUGCAUCACCCUCUCGGGAUAUUGAUAGACCAAAACCAUGGGAAGAGGAUGAAUUUGACCGAGGAUCCCUAUACCGUAGCUCUGGAGGAAAGCUUCAAUAUUAUGCUCCACCGCCGUUGAAUUACAAUGUUGUCUCUUCUCUCAGAAAUGUACCGAAGCCCGGCUAUGGGCUGAAAAGUGGCCUCUCAUACCGAGACGGAACUCUCAAUGGAUCGGAGUCACCUUUCAGUAAACUAGAGAAAACCCAAAGUAUCGACUUCAAUUGUGCUAAGUCUGAUAUUUCAACUCAAUCAGAGCAACACGACCGGAGUAGACAUUUCAUGAACCAUUCAAUGAGUGGUACUUUCAGGACAACUCCUUUUUCGGAUGGAAUCAGCGGCUAUCGAUAUGCAUCUUACAGUCCACAUUUAAGACGAUCAAUGCCUAAUGUUAACUUUCACCUUCAUUCAAAUGAACCACCAAAACUGUAUCCAUACCAUUUACUCACUACAACCAACUAUCGAUUACCUCCUGAUGUUGAUCGAUGUCAUCUUGAGAGGCAUUUAUCCAAUGACGAAUUUUCGACCCUUUUUCAUAUGUCAAGACUUGAAUUUUAUCGAUUACCAGAAUGGAAACGAAAUGAUCUAAAGAAGCGAGUGAAACUCUACUGAAGGACAGAGCCAUUGGACUAAAGAUCAUCAUGAUAAUUGUUCCCAUUUCUCAUCUUCAUUUCUCUGUUUCUUCUGUUUCUCGUCUUCUUCCUUUUCUUCAACUUUCAGCAUUCUUUUAUUUCCUUUUUGUUCCAUCGGAAAAGCUAACUCUGAAUCUUUUCAUAUUUUUCCUUUCAUCUUUCAUCUUUUGUUCAUCUUCUUCAUAUAAGCUUAUUUUUCUCCUUCAUGAUGCAUUUAGAGCGAUUUCGUAAAUUCAUGAUGAGCAGAAAUUCAGGCAACUUUUCCUCCUCUCCAUUGCAAUCGAUACAUUUAGUCUUAAUAAUGAAUUGGUAGUCGAUUCAAAUUACUCAGGUUAAGGGCAGCUAAUAAUCCUUUUUUCAUGAUUUUAGAUAAUUUUACUUUGUUUUCACCUUCUUUUGAGGUUUUAUUAUAUUUCUAUCGAUCUUAUUAUUUGUUCAUUAGCGACCAAAGAUAUUAAUGCAGUCUUUUAUCUUGCCUGAUCUACUUUUAUGGCAACUUGUUUUAUCCUCCUUAUUUACCCAUUCACUGAUUGAGUUUAAAAUUAUAAACUUGCCUACAAUCAACUAGAGUUAUCUAAUCAAGAACAAUUUAUGAAAGCAUUUUUUGAUUGAAAAAUUAGACGAUUUUACAAUCGAUGCUUAAUUUUGAAAAAGUGACAAUGUUAGAUUUUACUUUGACCAGAUGUGUCUCUAAGUCUAAAUUGAUUUUACAUGAAAACUGCCUCUGAAAUGAACCUAAUCAAGUAUCAAAAAUCAUAUACAUUAGUUUAUUUUUAGUUUACUUUCAAUACUUUCUCCUCUUCCUUAAUCCAAUUGAACCUCAUCCUUUUCAUCCCAUUUUAAUCGAUUCAGUUUUGUGACUAUUUUCAAUUUUUAUCAACAUUUUAGUAGGAAAGUUGAAAUUGAUUUUGGUGAUAAAGUAAAACAGUGAUAUUUAGACAAAAAAUUGAUUACUGAACCAGAAAUUGUUCAGAUUAAUGAGCAUCAUGUAUAAAAGAGCAAGACUGUACAAUUUAAAUCCAAGGAUAAAGAAAGUAAAAUAUGAUUAUUACAGUGAUGAUGCAAAAGAAGCAGGAAAAAUUUAAAUUUUACUCAGUUUGUCAUCAUGAUGGAAGCAAAUUGAUCCAAAUGAUAAAGAAAUGACGCUUAAAAAAAACAACUUAUUCUCUUCAUCUUUUUUCUUCAUUAUCAUCAUCUUCCUUAUUAUCUUCAUCAUCAUUUUACUUUCUUGUCUUUGUUAUUAACAGUUAAUUAUAUCUCCAUCAUUAACACAGUUUGUUAUUAGUCUUCUCAUUUUCCCCAUUUUUCUCUGUCAAAUGUAACUCGCCAAAAAAGUUUACAUUUUGUACACAAUUUUUCUGACCAUUAAUUAUUGAUAAUUAGCAUCACCAUUUUAAUUUUCAUUUAAUCAAUUGAUCUUUUAAUGUUCCUUUUUAUUCUUAAUUUUCCCAAUCGAUUGUAAAAUUGACAUUUGUCAAGCAUUUAGUUUUUAUUUUCAAUCUUCCAAUCAACUCUCAGUUGAUUAAAUUGAAUGAUGAAAAAUUAUGAUAAACUAAUUUAAAUUUUUGGUGUUGCUAAUUAUAUUUACCAACUUGAAACACUUUUAGAUUCCCAUUUCAAUCAAUUGUAUCCCAUUUUUUUUAUUGCCACUGAUGUAAAAGACUUAGUAAUUUAUCUGUUCAUUCAUUUCUUUCCUGCAAUUUUUGACUAUAAAUCGCUUCACUUUUUGAUUGUUGAUUAGCCUUUUCACUGACAAUGGAAAUGAAAAUGAGACUAAAUUUUGAACUUGUUUUAGUUGACAACAACAAAUCAAAAUUACAUCAAUGAUUCUGGCAAACAGAAAGGGUCAAGACUCUCGGGGCAGCUAUCACCAUCAAGAUCAAAUUUCGCUGAAUGUUUCUGUUCUAGUCUAAUUGUCAUUUCUUGCUAUUUCUUGUUUCCCCAUUACUGACGAUUCAAACUGAAGAAACAAAUUAACAUUAGCAAAUAAUCAACAAUCAUUUUAACAGUAAAAAUCUUAAAAUAUGUACAAGAAACAAAUUAACUCUAACUAUUACUAUAUUAUAUUAUUAAUAUUAU